UUUUUUUCACAAUAGUAGUUAUCGUCUUUGUGAUUUCCUGCUUUCGCAGGCUUUCUAUAUUCCCUAAAUAGAUAUUCCACUGAAGUUAGGUUUUUUUUUCAACUUACUUACAUUUUGAUGCUAGCGUCAGGUAGUAAAAUACGUUUUACUCUUAUCCCGACUCCCGGAAAUACCCUGGAAAAGCACGUUUGCAUCAAAUGUUAGCUGAUUCUAUCAAUCAAUAUUGACUUCAAGAGCACUCAUGAAUGCACGUUGACGAGCAUGACAUUCAAAUAAAGCAAAAGAAUUGAGCUAAGAGAUAAAAAAAAAAACAACUUGAAAGCCGCUAUUCUUGAUGAAUUACGUCAGCGUUUCUAAGCGGCUCAAAUUUCUCCCCCACUUCGAGUGCAACAAAAACCCACAUCUGGAAUAGGAAGCUGAUGAAUGCUUCUGUCGGUCGUCUGUCGAACUGAUUUCUCUCAUCGUCUUUCGCAUUUAUAAGCGAGAAAAUUCAACGAUAAGGUAUCCAGUCACAUUUCGACUUCGACCAACAACAAGAUGUUUCUCAAGGCUUUUAUUAUCCUACCUGCUCUUUUUUGCUUGGCAACGGCUGCUAGAAUGAACCCGAUUGCCAGCGAAUUCAAGCGUGACCAUUCCAGUUUGGAGUCUUUCGGCCAUGGCAAGCAUCACUCGCAUGCGUUAAAAACGAUUCGAUCCUCUGUCGGUUCUUCAAACAAAGCCGUUGAAAGAUCAUUUCCUGAGAAUGGAUUGGAUUCAGCUGGACCAGGUGCUCCUGCAUACGGUAGUGUUGGAGGAGCCGGGUUGGGUUCCUCCGUGCGAAAUUUCAAUGGGCCGACGGGCCAAACUAAUCUAGGCGGAGCUAGUGGAUUCGGCUUGGGCAUAAGCAACGUUGGACACCCUGGAUCAUAUGGUGGGCAACAGAGUGCCUUUGGAGGACAAUCUGCAUUCGGAGUACAGUCCGCUUCGUUUGCUGGCCAGCCUGGUUCGUUUGGAGGGCAAUAUGCAUCUUUCGGAGGUCAACCUGGAUCUCCUGGUGGUCAACCUGGAUCUCCUGGUGGUUACCCGAACUCGUUUGGUGGUCAUUCCGGUUUGCCUGGUGGCCAGACUGGAUCCCACGGAGGAGCGCAUGGAGCAGCUCCAGGAUACAGCGGUGCUUCUCAAGGGGGUUACGGUGGAAACUCUAACGCGGGAAUGCCUUAUCAUUUUCAAUAUAACGUAAAUGAAUACGGCAAUAACUUUGGGCACUCGCAAUCGAGCGACGGUAACCAAGUCAGUGGACGCUAUUUCGUGCAGCUCCCAGAUGGCCGACUUCAAACUGUGGACUUUAAGGCAGAUCCAUUGAACGGCUAUACCGCUGACGUCCAAUAUCAAGGUCAGGCCCAAUACCCAAGCAAUGAAGGAAGCUACUCUCCAGGAUUAGGAAACGGUGGUGGUAUUGGCGGCGGGACCGUUGGACAACUACCACUUGCUUUCCACGAUCAAGGAAACCAUGGAAAUGAUCUUCCUGGUUCAUCUGGAAGCUAUUCUGAUUCAGGUGCCUUUAGCGCCAAACCUUAUUAAAGGCUUGAAAGAAAGCGAAUUUAUCUUACAUAAAAUGUGACGCAAAUUUUUAGCAUUAUAUUGCGUCCAUUUCAAUAAAAUACCAUUGUUCAAAA